AUGUUUGCGACACGCAAAGAGGUGGACGAGCAGGUUCAUAAGUUGUUGGGAAAAGUGCCGCCAGGGCCAGAGCGCGACAUCAAGUGUCUGGCCGUUGCCCGUUUAUAUAUCAAAAUUCAAGAGUAUACUAAGGCCGUAGAAUAUUUAACAUGCUAUCUGAAGGUUAAGGAUGAAGUGGUGGCCCACCGUUUGAUUGCCCAAUGCCUUAAACACUUCAAGCAGCCGGAUAAUCUUCGAGUGUUGCAUCAUUUGCAACGUUGCAUACAGUUGAAUCCACGUCAGAGAGAUGUGAUACGUGAAGCAUGUCAGCUAAUACUUGAUGAUUCCAGUAUAUACACCCAGGAGCGUGCCAAAUAUUGGUUGGGUUUGGCAACAGAAGAUAGCGACGAGCUGCAGGAAAGUGAAUUAAUAUUUUCUUUGCGUCUGAAGCUAAACCAACAGGGAAGAGAUAAAAAUGGCGGUGGAGGAGGUGGUGAUGCUGAUAAUGAUGAUGAAACCCUGGAAAUUCUUAUUCACAAGGAGCUACAGGCACGACCACAAGAUGUCAAUGUGCGAGUGCGUCUAUUACUGAGCUAUUUGGAAAAAAAAAAAAUUGAAAAAGCCUUUCAUUACGCCUAUAAUGUGGAGUUCGAUCUGGAUGAAAAGUGUUUGUCCACCAACGGCGAUAGUACUCAAGCAGCGGUUGGUUCUCCGUUUAGUCAAUCAAUUGAGUGGUAUAGGAAUGUAUGGCUGGUUCUUGCCAAAUAUGAGCAUUCAAAAAAUUUGAAAAAAUCGUGGUCCUAUUGGCAUCUUACUUUAAUGACGCUAGAUCGUCUAAUGUCAUUAAGCUUGGACUCCAACCAUGCUCUGAACGAUGGGACUAGCCAAUUGUUUCGCUUUGAUCAGUACUUACACAAGUUCAGCAGUGAGUUAGACAAGAUUCAAGCAGGGAACCAGAAUGAUAUCCAAAUUGAUUUUCUGAAAUCGGCCCAAGGACAUUAUAGUGGUCAGUUAAUGCUUCAUGCUGUGUCUUUAUUAUUCAAACGUGAGCUAACGGGCAAUAAGAACAAAUGGAUGGGUACCUUAAGGGAUGCCUUGCCCUUGCUGCUGUUGGGCUAUCAAAUAAAUCCUUUUCAAAAUACUCAGCCGCAUUGGCUGAAACAUUGCGAUAAGUCCCAAAGAAAGUUGUUUCAUAUAUGGCGUACUCAGACCGCAUUUAGGUGCGCUCAAAUGGGCCGUACAUUGUUAGGUUGCCUAAGACAGGAUGAUUCCCAGGAUGAUGACGAAUAUAAAGAGGAAAUUAACAACCACAUAAAUCAAAAUCAGGGAAAUCAGGACUUACCGUCUUUGUGGUUGAACUCGGAUGAUUUGUUGUCUGAAGCUCGGCAGAUAUGCGCGGACAAGCAGUGGCGACGUCAAAUCUAUCAGAUACUGUUCACACAUGGCGACCAAAAACUAAAAGAGCAAACAUCUCACUUAGUGAAGAAUGCACGCUUGCAGCAGCCACUUUACGAUUGGCCGCAUGUCUCGGAUAUAGAAUCAUACGAGCAAGAGGCAUUGCUAUCUUCCCCUCAGUCACUGAGUCAACAUGUUUAUUUGGCUUUGUGCACGAAGCCAGAAAAUUUGGGAGAUCAUCAGCGGGUCCGGUUCUAUGGGAACCUUCGCAAGGAUCUCAAAUCGAAUCAAAAUCUAAGUUUCUGCAGUCCCGACUCUUUAACACAAAUCGAUAUUGAUAUAUUCCUUUAUGCUGUCGUCAUUCAAACCCAAAGAAAACUUUCUGUACAAAGGGAGACCUACGAUAGCACCAACGUCGGUAAUCGAUCAGCAGGUGCUCGACCCCAUAUGUUGCCCUAUAUUAAUAUUUUCCAACAAUUAACCACACCAGAACAAUCAAAUUGGUGGCAUUUGGUCCAAAAUUGGAACAGCCAUCAACAGUUCACUGAUGGCAAUCGGACCGAGCAAAGAGCUCAAUUACAAGUUGGACUAGAGGCUGUACGCGCCACCAAUGGCCCUCGCAUGGAUCUAAUUAUUCUCUUUCAAUUGGGUCACAUCCUCAAUUCUCGCCAGGAUCGGCUUAGUCUACAAACGCGCAUUAAUCUUAUAUUCAAACAGGGCUUUCAAAUGCUGCGUCGUCAAUCGCAACAAGAAUUAGAGCCAUUUAUGCGUUAUUUUAAGUAUUCUUCGGCAUCUUCGACUGCAUCCCUGAAACUAAUGCACAGUUUGGCCGAGAAAGCUGUAACCUAUUUGAGUAAAAAAGCGUUCAAGGAGAACCAGUUUGAGCAGUUCAUUGAAGAGAUGCGGGGCCUACACUUACCCAUAGCCAGUUAUCUACAGGCCGAAGCCUAUCGUAUGCUAGGCGAUUGCAGUCGCACCACGAAAUCUUCUCGAGCGCGUUAUUUGGAGCAACGCCAGAACUGCCUUCAGCAAACGCAACAGCUUCUACAGUCCCAUCCAGAACAUGCACUAGCACCCAUUAUUGGUAGGGACAUAAAGCGCUGCCAACAGGAGGCCGGGCACCUACAUCAGCAGCGAAGUCCUGACUUGCAUAACAAUUCGUCUACAUAUGAGGACGCUGAAGACGCUGAUACUGAACCUGACUACUAUGCGGGUGUUACCAAUUCCAAAGUAAAUGAGAGCCACAAUCGAUCGCGUGGCCGUGAAGCACUUCCUGAUGUUACUUCGUUGGAUGUGGAUCGAAUGUUCAAAAAAAUUACCACUGAUUUUUGCCAAUUUAAAGAAGACGUCAACGAUAACUUUGAGGCUAUGCGUCAGGACGUCAAGACAUUAACCGUCACCCUGGAGGAUAUGUUAAAAAAACUAAAGCUCAGCACAUCCAGUCCCGGCCAAGAGAUAGACCCGGCAGCUGCUUUGGGUUUAGAUGACUUAUUCAUUAUGGAGGACUUGGCAGUGCCACCACCGCCACAACAGCAUGGUACACAAACCCCACAACAAAACUCACAGCAGCAACAGCAGAGCCAAAUUCAAGCACAGCAUCAUCAUCACAGCCAACAACAGCAGCCGCAAUUAUUGCCUCCUAAUAAUCAUCCUGGUGCUGGUGCAUUUGGUGCUGGCCCACCUAGUGGUUUCUAUAACAAUGGCUUGCCGCCACUGGCAGCAGCAGCAGCAGCUAAUCCUGCUCAAGCCGCUGCAUAUUCCAACCAAUGGAUGUUUGAUUACUAUAAUUUAUGCCAUCUUUAUGGACCACGCAAUGCAAAUUUUAAUUUACCACCAAAUCCUGCAAUGUAUGGUGGUAGUGGUCCAGCGGCAGGAGGAGCUCCUUAUCCGGAUGCGAUAGGCCUCUACGGCCAAUCACCACUAGCAGUUCCACCACCAGGACCAGUGCCAGGAACUGGGCCCCUUAAUCUGGUUGACUCCAGCACUCCAGUAGGCGGAAUUGGUUUGCCAAAUCCUACAACUACAAGUUUCUUUAAUACUCCGACAACCCCCAUAACAACAUUCGGAGCUCCACAGCUUCCAGGGACACAGCCACAAUCAUUAACGCAACCACCACAACAGACGGUGGCACCGCAUACACAGCCGCAGAAAUCAUCCAAGUCUAAUCCGAUGAAUGCUCCUGCAGCCAUGUUCAAUCGCGCUCUAAACAAUCAACCUGUAGAAAAGGAACCCCCUGCUAAUGUCGUCAUAACCAAUUCGGAUCCCUUACCAAAGGCAGAUGCCUUAACUAGUGCUGCUGGCCAGCUGCAGCUCAGUGUGACAAUACCAGCACAGCAUAUCAAGCCAAGUUUAGCUCCUGUUCCAGCGACGACACCUUUGAAUCCUCUGUUAGGAACUGGCGCAACAGUACCUCCUGCCAUAGCACCUGGUGGAGCGUUUAACUUUAAUGUAGGACCACAGGGAAGCAAUAUCUUUGGUGGUGGAGGUGGCGGCGGUGGUGAUGGUGGUGAAAUUACUUUCUCCUUUAAGCCACAGGUAGCGCAAGCUGCUGCCGAGAAACAAAAGGAGAAGGAAAAAGAACAGCAGCAGCAGAAGGAGGAGAAACCGGCUGCAGAGGAAGUAGAUACCAGUUUGGAUGGUUCCGCUGAAUUGGACUAUGAUCCUCGUCCAGACUUGCAAGGCAUUAUACCGCUGCCAGAUGAAAUUGAGGUUCGUACAGGCGAAGAGGACGAGGAAAUUAAGUUUAGCUUCAGAGCCAAAUUGUUCCGUCAUGUGGACAAAGAAUGGAAGGAACGUGGCAUUGGCCUCAUCAAAAUAUUGAGAAAUAAUUCGAAUGGAAUUUAUCGCGUUCUCAUGCGUCGCGAUCAGACCCAUAAGAUUUGUGCGAAUCAUAAGAUAACCAAGGAUAUGGAGUUGACUCAACCGGCCCAGGACUCCGAGAAGAAAUCGUUUAUCUGGGCAGCUAAUGAUUUCGCAGAUGAAACUCUUCAUUGGGAAAAGUUUUUGGUUAGAUUCAAGCUACCCGAAACAGCUCUUCAGUUUAAACAAGCUUUUAAAGAGGCACAAAAUGAUAUGGUAAAGCUCAAGGAUAAACAGGACAAACAGCAGUCGAAAGUAAACAAGCAAGAUAAUUUUGUGACCAGCACUCCAGCCAAUCCAGUACUUAGCAAGCCUUUGGAGUUAGUUAAGGCCCAGACUGCAGCUGUUGUGACAUCUACUGGGCCUACGGCAGUCAAUUUCGUGGCCAAGUCCUUAUUUGGGUCAACGGCGCCCCCUAGUUCUACAACAACAACCACAACAACAACACCUUCGCCAUUUGCUAACUUUAGUUUUUCCAACAUGUCUAAUUCCAAAGUAAAUUCUUCACCCUUUGGCAACCUCUCUUUUGGAAGCGUCUCGGCCUUGUCCACUGCUAACAGCAUCACUUCUACCAACAAUACUACCCUCUUCACCACGGCUCUAAUUAAAGAUUCGACAGUUUUGAACGUCAAUUCAACUGCCACUCCUGUCGGAGCUACGACUCCUGCUGCUGAGGCUGAAGCGGAUAUAUUGGAAGAGUAUGUGCCGACUGCCCAGUUUACUCCAGUCAUCCCUCUGCCUGAACUCGUCGAAGUUGUCACAGGUGAGGAGAACGAAUCAAUUUUGUUCGAGCACCGAGCCAAAUUGUUGCGAUUCGAUCGAGAAUCCAAUGAGUGGAAGGAGCGUGGCCUCGGCAACAUAAAACUCUUGCAAUCAAAAUUGAAUCCUCAACAAAUACGCUUAGUUAUGCGUCGCGAGCAGAUUCAUAAACUGUGCUGCAAUCAGAGACUUUUAGCCGAGACUAAAUUUAGUUAUCUAAAGAACUCUCAAACAGCCCUGACAUGGGCCGCCAAAGACUAUUCCGAGGGAGAGAUGACCUCCGAGCUGCUGUGCAUUAGAUUCAAAACAGCUGACACAUGUAAGGCAUUCUUCGACGAGAUUACCAAGGCUCAAAAAUUGUUGUCGGAGCAAAAACCAGAUGAUAAGAAGAAUAAGGAAGAAGCGGACAAGAAGCCUGUUGUGGGCUUUGGUGAUGCCUUCAAGCCUGUGUCAGGCAGUUGGAAUUGUGAGAGCUGCUAUACCAACAAUGGAGCAGGACAACUUUAUUGCGCGGCAUGUGAAGCACCCAAAGAUAAAUCAGUGCCGCCAAAAUCAGUGAACGCUGGAGGUUUAGAUGGCGGAAGUGCUUUGAAUUUAUCCAUCAGCAGUGCUGGCAAAUUUAAUUUUGGAUUUGGAAGUGGCGGCACAACGGCAGCAACCACCACGGCAGUACCCCCCUCGGCUGUCAGUUUUGGUUUCGGUGGCUCCAAUAAGACCAAGGAAAAAUCACCGCUUCCCCUCGUUGCCAAUGCCCCUGCCCCCGUCGCUGUGACAACAUCAGCGCCUUCCGCUUUGGGUUUUGGUCCAAAUAAAAAUGUAUCAUCAGGAUUUGGUGAUGUUUUUAAACCAAAAGCAGGAAGCUGGACAUGCUCAAGUUGCUAUGUGACCAACGAGGCGGAACUUGUGAAAUGCAAAGCCUGUGAAACUGUGAAAGAUGGCGCUGAAGAUAAGAAAGAGAGUAAACUCGGAAGUAGCAGCAAUAUAAAUUGGCCUGCCGCUUCACAAUUUAAGUUUGGAUUUAAUUCUGCUGCUCCAGCCACUGAAAAGCCGUUUGGUUCAGCUAAUUUCAGCUUUACCCCGAAAGCCAGCGGCAUCAUUAACACUACAAGCACUUCCACUUCCAGCGUGCCUGCCAGUACUGGCGGCACCAUUCUGGGGUCGAAUAAGUUUACCUUUUCCAUGCCCAAGCCGUCAGCUACAGAGCCCAAGAGUCCUCAAGCUGAUGAAUCCGCAAAUGAUAACGAUUAUCAUGUUGAAGAAGAGAACAAUGCGUAUUUCGCUCCAGUGAUACCCCUGCCAGACAAGAUUGAAGUCCGGACCGGGGAGGAAGAUGAGGAGCUACUUUAUGAACACCGGGCAAAACUGUACCGCCUCAGUCAGGAAGGCGAAUGGAAGGAACGUGGUCUAGGCAAUGUGAAAAUCUUGCAGCACAAGCAAACUCAAAAACUACGCGUUGUAAUGAGACGUGAGCAGGUCUUAAAAAUUUGUCUUAACCAUAUUCUGGACCUAAACGUGGUCUACAAGCCGAAGGAUGAGAAAUCAUGGAUGUUUGCUGUGAACGAUUAUAGUGAAGGUGAAAAUAUCCUUGAGAGAUUUGCCUUGCGCUUUAAAACCCCAGAAAUAGCCCAAGGUUUCCAUCAAGCGGUGAUGAAAGCAUUGAAUAUAUCACCUGAAGAUGGUGUAGAGCAGAAUGUGCUUGCUCCAGCUACUGCAGCAUCCAAGGAGAUUCAACACUUAGCCGAGAAAUUAAAACUAAAUGAGGAGUUUUUACUAAGCGAGAAAAAGUGCACCGGCUGUCGAGGAUGUGACGUGGACUCGUUUGAAUUCGGAUCCGCUUCGGUAAAUGAGAACGGGAAAGAUUCCACGGAGCCACGUUUACCACUUUACUUGCCGGCCCUUAAACUACCGCUCAAAAUCCAACCGGCAGCAUCAAUUGCAACUACUAACACUAUCCAGCCAGUGGCGACUAAUCGCACCUCUAUAUUCAAGGCCAGUUCAUUAAGUGCUGCUGCUAGUGGGGGAUUUGGUAGCUUCGGUGGAUUUGGGCAAGCCAUAUCAGCAAAUUCAACCAUAUCCGCCACAACAAAUCAGGCAGAGGAAUCAAAACCGUUCGCUGCAGCUAGUAAUAGCUUCGUCUUUGGCAGUGGCAAAACUGAGAAUCCUUUAGGAUUCGUAUUCAGUGCAUCCAACAAUCAAAGCCUGCAACAGAGUGCCGAGAGCGCAGUGCCCAAAUCAAUUUUUGGACAAACUCUUAGCAAAACUGAGGAUGGCGAAAAGGUGAAGUCUAUAUUUGGUGGUACUUCCUCCAACUUGUUUGAUGGCAGUGGUUCAGGUGGUGGGACUGCCGGAGGCUCUGCAGGCUUUGUAUUCGGUUCAUCUUCGACAGCUAUUCCAAACAUAAGCUUUGCUGAUAUAGGCAAGGAAAAGAAUCAAACCGAAAAGGAAAAGCCACUUAGUAACGACAACAGCAAGACAGAGUCAAAAACACCUGUUUUUGGAGCUUUUAACUUUGGCUCUAGUCUUACCAACAAAGAGAUCAGUAGUGGAACACCCAAAGUGUUUCCUGAUUUGGCUGCCAAGGCUGGUGAUGAUUUUGCCAGUUUGGUGGCCAAAGGACAGAAUACCAAUGCGUUUCAAAAAUCCACUACUGGUGGCUUCUACAAUUUAACUCAUCAAAAUGAUUUUAAGAAUUUCCAAGCCGCCAAAGUUGCCGAUGGCGAGACAGAAAAGAUUGCAGCAUCAGUUGAGGAUGAAGAUGCUGAUACAACUAAUGAUGACAACUAUGAUCCUUACUAUGCGCCUAUUGUCGAUCUACCCGAUGAGAUUGUGGUCACUACCGGGGAGGAAAAUGAGACGAAACUGUUUGGCGAGAGAACAAAACUUUAUCGCUUUUCUCCCGAUACAAAGCAAUGGAAGGAUCGAGGUGUGGGUGAAAUUAAAGUCUUAGAGCAUCCAGAAUUAAAAACCUUCCGAAUGGUCAUGCGUCAGGAGCAGAUCCAUAAACUGAUCCUUAACAUGACAAUUAGCUCGUCUUUUAAAAUAGAGUUUAUGAAUGAUCAAGGUAAAAGUUUUCUAUGGGCUAACUAUAACUAUUGUGUAGAUUCAGAAGGUAAGGUGGGUACUGAAGGUGUUUUGGAACGCUUGGCCUGCCGUUUUAAAAAACAGGAACCAGCCGAUGAAUUUUAUAAAGUUGUCUGCUCCUGCAUUGAUCGGGCUAGGACUAUAGACAUGGAGGCAGGAAUUAUACUUGAUAACGAUGAGGAAGCCGAGGAUCCACUAAAUGAUAGUGCUGCCGAAGCAGAAUAUGCGGAAACGGAGACUGAACGUAGUCUGAAAUGUGUCACCGAGAAAUCGGAAUGAAACUGUAAGGCGGAGCCUAAAGAUGCUCCGUGUGAUAAUGCUGCUAAGGGAGAAAGAAAUCCGAUUUAUUUAAGAAUACAGUAAACACUGAUUUAUUUUUAUGUUUAUACGAUAAUUUUGAUUGUUGUACUUCUGAAAAUAUAAUGAAAAUAAUAAAAAACAAA